AUGUGGUACUACCACUUUAAAACAUGUUGGGAGUUGUCUGCCAAUCAGCGCGAAGGAGGGGGAGGGAAGAAAGCGGGUGGGUAGCAACAGUUGCCCCGGUGAGGACGAAGCGCCAUAGCCACGGUAGCCCUGGCGACAAGAACCCAGCAACGAGAAUCAACAACAACAGCCUGAAUCCUUGAAAAAAAUUAAAACAAAAAUACCGGUGGGAAAUUCACUCGGAAUCAGAGGUGAAACUCUAAACAUAUUAGAUAGCUUACGUGUGCUUCUAACAUUUCAAAUGAAACAUUAUGUUGGAUGAUGCUGUUUUUUUUGCCUGUUGUUUCAGUAGCCAUAUAUAGCAAACUGGUUGCCAACGUCGUUAGCUAGCUAACUUGCUUGUUGGCUCAUCAGUAGUGUCUCUUGAAACGCGGUGUCUGAGUACAUUAUGCCUGACAUGACGUUUUAAUACCCAGGCCGUUGUUAUGGCGAUGUCAAAUGCACGAUAUGGGUACAAAAUGGCGGGUGUUGUAGAUACGCGAGACAAGCUAACGACCGUUAGCUAGCUAGGCUAGCUCAGCUGUUGACAUGCAGCUUGCUGACCAGCUCGAAGCUAAUGUUAGCUAGCAGCCUACGUGCAAUACCACAGUGUCGUGUGUCAAAUAUUGUACUAGCUUUACCUAUCUUAUCAGCUUCAACGCAAAAUGUCCUUCUGCCUGGCUGAGACAGAGGUUGACUUGUUAGCCAACGUUUGCUAGCUAGUUUCUAGCCAAUCUCACUGUGCGAGCUGAUGGUAGUAGUUUGGAUAGAAAACCAAAAGCUAACUAAAGAUGCAUUGUCAUUUGGUAAAUAAAGAGAAAUAGCCGGCCAGCUAUGCGCCAGAGGGUUUAGUUUGAGUCGCUGAGGUUUUAGUUCUCAAGCUCGUGCAAAGGCCACGAAGGCAAGAAAGGUGGCACUGGGAAGUAAAGUCAAGCAAGCGAUGUAAAGAGGGGCGUGUCAGUGAGGGGCGCAACUGACUAUAUUAUGCAGGUGUACAGUGGCAAGGACCUUGAAAUAUGGGAAACAAAAGAGGCAUUUGCGUUCAUUCCAAACAGUAGCUCAUUCAGCUGGAUAUAUAUAAACUGCAUUUUGUCCAAAAAAGUAUAUCUUCGUCUCGUUUUGGCAACAGCAAAGGUCAUAUAUAGUUAUUUGCUGAGUAUUGGCUACUCAGUGAAACCCAUACUAUUGAAUAGGCUAAAAGUGGUGAAAAUGGGAGUGUUCUUGAAAACAUUUUGCUUCACAUCUGUAAGCCUACUAUACUGUUACAAAUUCCACAGAGCAGUGUCUCUUCUGUAAAUGAGAGAAAGAGAGUGAGCGAAGGGUUUGGUACUUUAGGGAGAAAUAGACAUGUCAAGGCAAGUCCCCUGUAGCUCAGUUGGUAGAGCAUGGCGCUUGCAACGCCAGGGUUGUGGGUUCGUUUCCCACGGGGAGCCAGAAUGAAAAUGUAUGCACUCACUAACUGUAAGUCGCUCUGGAUAAGAGCGUCUGCUAAAUGACUAAAAGUGUAAAUGUGAAAAAAGCAUUCUGGCCUGUACAGUUGAAGUCGGAAGUUUACAUACACCUUACCAAUACAUUUAAACUCAGUUUUCACAAUUCCUGACAUUUAAUCCUAGUAAAAAUUCCCUGUUUUAGGUCAGUUAGGAUCACCACUCUAUUUAAGAAUGUGAAAUGUCAGAAUAAUAGUAGAGAGAACGAUUAUUUAAAGUUUUAUUUCUUUCACAAAAUUCCCCAGUGGGUCAGAAUUUUACAUACCUCAAUUAGUUUUUGGUAGCAUGCCUUUAAAUUUUUUAAACUUGGGUCAAACGUUUCGGUAGCCUUCCACGAGCUUCCCACAAAAAGUUGGGUGAAUUUGGCCCAUUCCUCCUGACAGAGCUGGUGUAACUGAGUCAGGUUUGUAGGCCUUGCUCGCACACGCUUUUUGUGUUCUGCCCACACAUUUUUUAUAGGAUUGAGUUCAGGGCUUUGUGAUGGCCCCUCCAAUACCUUACUUUGUUGCCUUAAGCCAUUUUGUCACAACUUUGGGAGUAUGCUUGGGGUCAUUGUCCAUUUGGAAGACCCAUUUGCGACCCAAACUUUAACUUCCUGAUGAUGUCUUGACAUGUUUGCUUCAAUAUAUCCACAUAAUUUUCCUUCCUGAUGAUUUCCAUCUAUUUGUGAAGUGCACCAUCCCCCUGCAGCAAAAGCACCCCCACGCAUGAUGCGCAACCCCGUGCUUCACGGUUGGGAUGGUGUUCUCGGCUUGCAAGCCUUCGCCUUUUUCCUCCAAACAAACGAUUGUCAUUAUGGCCAAACAGUUUUUUUUGUUUCAUCAGACCAGAGGACAUUUCUCCAAAAAGUACGAUCUUUGUCCCCAUGUGCAGUUGCAAACCGGUAGCUGGUUUUUUAUGGCGGUUUUGGAGCAGUGGCUCUUUCUAGCUGAGCGGCCUUUCAGGUUUGUCGAUAUAGGACUCAUUUUACUGUGGAUAUAGAUACUUUUGUACCUGUUUCCUCCAGCAUCUUCACAAGGUCCUUUGCUGUUGUUCUGGGAUUGAUUUGCACUUUCCGCACCAAAGUACGUUCAUCUCUAGGAGACAGAACGCGUCUCCUUCCUGAGCGGUAGAAAGGCUGCGUGGUCCCAUGGUGUUUAUAGUUGCGUAUUAUUGUUUGUACAAAUGAACGUGGUCCUUCAGGCGUUUGGAAAUUGCUCCCCCGGAUGAACCGCUUGUGGAGUCUACCUUUUUUUUUUGGGGUCUGAUUUCUUUGAUUUUCCAUAUGUCAGCAAAGAGCACUGAGUUUGGGAGGGUCUAAAGGGACCCCAUUGAUAAUAUUCAUUCUUCUUGCCAGUACGGAUUUUCAUGGUUGGCGAUGUCAAAUGCACGAUAUGGGUACAAAAUGGCGGGUGUUGUAGAUACGCGAGACAAGCUAACGACCGUUAGCUAGCUAGGCUAGCUCAGCUGUUGACAUGCAGCUUGCUGACCAGCUCGAAGCUAAUGUUAGCUAGCAGCCUACGUGCAAUACCACAGUGUCGUGUGUCAAAUAUUGUACUAGCUUUACCUAUCUUAUCAGCUUCAACGCAAAAUGUCCUUCUGCCUGGCUGAGACAGAGGUUGACUUGUUAGCCAACGUUUGCUAGCUAGUUUCUAGCCAAUCUCACUGUGCGAGCUGAUGGUAGUAGUUUGGAUAGAAAACCAAAAGCUAACUAAAGAUGCAUUGUCAUUUGGUAAAUAAAGAGAAAUAUCCGGCCAGCUAUGCGCCAGAGGGUUUAGUUUGAGUCACUGAGGUUUUAGUUCUCAAGCUCGUGCAAAGGCCACGAAGGCAAGAAAGGUGGCACUGGGAAGUAAAGUCAAGCAAGCGAUGUAAAGAGGGGCGUGUCAGUGAGGGGCGCAACUGACUAUAAUAUGCAGGUGUACAGUGGCAAGGACCUUGAAAUAUGGGAAACAAAAGAGGCAUUUGCGUUCAUUCCAAACAGCUCAUUCAGCUGGAUAUAUAUUAUUUUUUGGACAAAAUGCAGUUUAUCUUCGUCUCAUUUUGGCAACAGCAAAGGUCAUAUAUAGUUAUUUGCUAAGUAUUGGCUACUCAAUGAAACCCAUACUAUUGAAUAGGCUAAAAGUGGUGAAAAUGGGAGUGUUCUUGAAAACAUUUUGCUUAACAUCUGUAAGCCUACUAUACUGUUUUAAAUUCCAUAGAGCAGUGUCUCUUCUGUAAAUGAGAGAAAGAGAGUGAGCGAAGGGUUUGGCACUUUAGGGAGAAAUAGACAUGUCAAGGCAAGUCCCCUGUAGCUCAGUUGGUAGAGCAUGGCGCUUGCAACGCCAGGGUUGUGGGUUCGUUUCCCACGGGGAGCCAGAAUGAAAAUGUAUGCACUCACUAACUGUAAGUCGCUCUGGAUAAGAGCGUCUGCUAAAUGACUAAAAGUGUAAAUGUGAAAAAAGCAUUCUGGCCUGUACAGUUGAAGUCGGAAGUUUACAUACACCUUAGCCAAAUACAUUUAAACUCAGUUUUUCACAAUUCCUGACAUUUAAUCCUAGUAAAAAUUCCCUGUCUUAGGUCAGUUAAGAACACCACUUUAUUUUAAGAAUGUGAAAUGUCAGAAUAAUAGUAGAGAGAAUGAUUUAUUUCAGCUUUUAUUUCUUUCAUCACAUUCCCAGUGGGUCAGAAGUUUACAUACACUCAAUUAGUAUUUGGUAGCAUUGCCUUUAAAUUGUUUAACUUGGGUCAAACGUUUCGGGUAGCCUUCCACGAGCUUCCCACAAUAAGUUGGGUGAAUUUUGGCCCAUUCCUCCUGACAGAGCUGGUGUAACUGAGUCAGGUUUGUAGGCCUCCUUGCUCGCACAUGCUUUUUCAGUUCUGCCCACACAUUUUCUAUAGGAUUGAGGUCAGGGCUUUGUGAUGGCUACUCCAAUACCAUGACUUUGUUGUGGUUAAGCUAUUUUGCCAUAACUUUGGAAGUAUGCUUGGGGUCAUUGUCCAUUUGGAAGACCCAUUUGCGACCAAGCUUUAACUUCCUGACUGAUGUCUUGAGAUGUUGCUUCAAUAUCCCCCACAGCAUGAUGCUGCCACCCCCGUGCUUCACGGUUGGGAUGGUGUUCUUUGGCUUGCUAGCUCCCCCUUUUUCCUCCAAACAUAACGAUGGUCAUUAUGGCCAAACAGUUCUAUUUUUGUUUCAUCAGACCAGAGGACAUUUCUCCAAAAAGUACGAUCUUUGUCCCCAUGUGCAGUUGCAAACCGUAGUCUGGCUUUUUUAUGGUGGUUUUGGAGGGGUGGCUUCUUCUAGCUGAGCGGCCUUUCAGGUUAUGUCGAUAUAGGACUAGUUUUACUGUGGAUAUAGAUACUUUUGUACCUGUUUCCUCCAGCAUCUUCACAAGGUCCUUUGCUGUUGUUCUGGGAUUGAUUUGCACUUUUUGCACCAAAGUACGUUCAUCUCUAGGAGACAGAACGCGUCUCCUUCCUGAGCGGUAUGACGGCUACGUGGUCCCAUGGUGUUUAUACUUGCGUACUAUUGUUUGUACAGAUGAACAUGGUACCUUCAGGCAUUUGGAAAUUGCUCCCAAAGAUGAACCAGACUUGUAGAGGUCUACCAUUUUUUUCCUGAGGUCUUGGCUGAUUUCUUUUGAUUUUCCCAUGAUGUCAAGCAAAGAGGCACUGAGUUUGAAGGUAGGCCUUGAAAUACAUCCACAGGUACACCUCCAAUUGACUCAAAUGAUGUCAGUUAGCCUAUCAGAAUCUUCUAAAGCCAUGACAUCAUUUCCUGGAUUUUUCCAAGCUGUUUAAAGGCACAGUCAACUUAGUGUAUGUAAACUUCUGACCCACUGGAAUUGUGAUACAGUGAAUUAUAAGUGAAAUAAUCUGUCUGUAAACAAUUGUUGGAAACAUUACUUGUGUCAUGCACAAAGUAGAUGUCCUAACCGACUUGCCAAAACUAUAGUUUGUUAACAAGACAUUUGUGGAGUGGUUUAAAAACGAGUUUUAAUGACUCCAACCUAAGUGUAUGUAAACUUCCGACUUUGUAGUAGCAGCAGUCACAUUAGAGAUGACUGUGAUCACAUUACAGGUAACGGGACACCAAAUGCAUGCCUUUCUUUCCCGUCAAGCCUUCUCCUCCCCCAAACCUCUUCUCUAGCUGUACCAAUAACAGUCUUUGUAGGGAAAAUCUCAGUCGUAAGUGAAUUGACUCAUUAUUAGGCCCAGACAGAAUAUGCGUAAGGAAACAGAAGUUCCCCAUGUGUAUAGCAAUUGAAAUUAUGGAAUUAAUUAGAAGCAGUGCUACAAUGCAUGAAUUACUGUGGUAUAAUUGUUUAAAAUGUGUAUAAUGUAUGUAAACUGUGUAUUCUGUCUCUAAAUGUUGUCUAUCACUAGCAGCACCAUAUCACCAAGUACAAUUCUGAGUAUGUGCGAAUGUACAUGGCGAAUAAAGGUGAUUCUGAUUCUGGGACAGCUGUAAAACCUCCCCUGCUGGGUUCCAUCUGGACUUACUGACUCAAUCAUGAUCACAUUAAGGAACAGUCUGGAUGUUGAUGAUAGGGCUCCAUUAAAGAUAAAGCCAUCCACCUGACAUGUGUUGCAUAUCAAGAAGCUGAUUAAACAGCAUGAUCAUUACACAGGUGCACAUUGUGCUGGGGACAAUGAAAGGCCACUCUAAAAUGUGCAGUAUUAUCACACAACACAAUGCCACAGAUGUCUCCAUGUUUUGAGGGAGCGUGCAAUUGGCAUGCUGACUGCAGGAAUGUCCACCAGAGCUGUUGCUAGAGAAUUGAAUGUUCAUUUCUCUACCAUAAACCGCCUCUAAUGUCGAGAAUUUGUCAGUACGUCCAACCGGCCUCACAACCGCAGACCAUGUUUAACCACGCCAGCCUAGGAUCUCCACAUCUGGCUUCUUCACCUGCGGGAUCGUCUGAGACCAGCCACCCAGACAGCUGAUGAAACUGUGGGUUUAAACAACCGAAGAGUUUCUGCACAAACUGUCAGAAACCGUCUCAGGAAGGUCAUCUGCGUGCUCAUUAUCCUCACCAGGGUCUAGACCUGACUGCAGUUCGACGUCGUAACAAACAUGGGCAAAUUCUCACCUUCGAUGGUCACUGGCACGCUGGAGAAGUGUUCUCUUCAAGGAUGAAUCCUGGUUUCAACUGUACCGGGCAGAUGGCAGACAGCGUGUAUGGCGUCGUGUCGGCAAGCGGUUUGCUGAUGUCAAUGUUGUGAACAGAGUGCCCCAUGGUGGCGGUGGGGUUAUGGUUUGGGCGGGCAUAAGCUACGGACAACGAACACAAUUGCAUUUUAAACAUGACAAUUCCGUCUCAAGCCAAACAUGACAAUUCCGUCUCAAGCCAAACAUGACAAUUCCGUCAGGAAUUGGCAAGACAGCAGAAACAGAGUGGCACCCAGACUUCAGCUAGAUCUCUUAGCUAACAAGAUUGUAUUUUAUUUUUCACAUAUUCAGUGUCUGAGUCCCAGUUCUCGUGAUGGCCACGACAGGCUACGUGGAGGAGUUGCAGCCCGUGACGACCCAGCCUCAAAGGGCAGCAGGUGGGAGUGUGACGGUGGCCGGACAGUCCUCCACCUCAGCCUCCGCUGCCCCACACACGGUGGUAGCUCCUACGCAGCAGUUCCUGGCCGAGCUUCAGACCACGGUGGUGGAUCCUCCCACCGCUGCAGCCGCAGCAGGACAAACCACACCUCCUGCACAAGCCACUCCCACCGCGGCACAGAAGACAGCAGGUAUUAUUUCUGCCAGUAUAAUUUUUCAUUUGAUUGUAAUACAUUUAUGUAUAAAUACAGAUAUCUAUAGUUUCAUUGAUACAUUUAUGUACUGUUACAUCAUUUUGAGUCAUGUCUUACAGGUAUGCAUCAAUUCAGCUGUUUAUGACAAUGCGUAUCAUGCAAUAAAUAAACCCUAGUGUCUGUAUCAGUUGUCCAGGUGGCACCCACACAGGCUCCUCCCCCCCAGACCCAGUAUGUGACGGCUGAGAUCCAGGGUUCCUCGUCACAGGCCAACAACGCCCAGAACAUCCCCCAGUACAUCGUGGUCACCGUCACAGGUGAGCCGGGCUCAGCAUCACAUCACAUGCUACUGACUGUAGACCUUAUUUAUUUUAAGUCAUGACCGUCACUAGCCUGGUCCCAGAUCUGUUUGUACUGUCCUACUAACUCAUAUGGUCAUUGUCACGCAGAAGCAAGCAAGCACAAACACAUCUGGGACCAGGCCACAUUAUUGCUGCAUUUCAUUCAGAAACCUGACAACUUUAGCUAAGAAUAGGUACGAUAUGCUUUAUAGAAAAUAUGAAUGAUAAAAAUAAAGAGGCAUGUGCAUUUAUUGUAAAUUACACUUCAGAAUCAGAUUACAUUGGUGUCACGUUCCUAGAUGGGACUGAGAGAGAGGAAGUAACAAGUCUCACAGCUUCCAAGCUCUGUUCUAGAUCUUAAGAGAGAUGUUCUGAUUCACAGUUUCUUCCAAAUGAGUCUAAAAACCUGCAAUGAGUACAAUGUCUAUGACUGCUGUGAACUCUCUCCCUGUGCUCUUGCUUAUCAUGAAGAGGUUGUGUACUGUAAUAUGUGGGUAUGGUGGCUCAGAGUGAAGUAACAGUUUCAUAUGAACAACUCUCUCGCUCUCUCUCUCCCUUCUCUCUCUCUCUCCCUCUCUCUCUCUCUCUCCCUCACACUCUCUCUCUCUGUCUCCCUUUCUCUCGUUCUCAUUCUCUCUCUCCCUCACACACUCUCUCUCUCUCUCUCUCCACAGAGGGCUCUCUCCAUUCAAGUGACUCUGUGUCUGACUCCAGCUCUCCUGCAGCUGUGGUACAGCAGACUGGGGUUCCCACACAGGUGGUGCAGCAGGUGCAAGCAGCACAGCAGGUAGAGGUCCCUUCCCCUCCCUCAUUCACACCUGGGUCAUGUUCAUUAGGUACCAAACAGAAGAAAACUGAUUAAAACAGGGAGGUGACUAUCUGGACUUUUUUCUGUUUCAUGCCCUAAUGAACAUGAUCCUGGUAGACACAUGAUAUUGCAACAAUUACUCACUUGAAACCACACUGAAAAAAACAGUUUAUUAUUCACAACUCAUAAGACUUGGUUCUGCCAAAAUAGCGCUGACAUAAAGUCUUUAUGCGUCCCUUUUAUAUUUGGUGUACAGCAUUGGUGCACUAUUAUGUGGAAAAUGAGAAGUGAUGAAGAACAUGACUUGAUAGUCUCAGCAGUUGUGGGUUUUACAGCAACAUCCUCUGGGCAAACCAAGAAGUGAUGAAAAAGUUUAUCGAAACUACCAUUUGCUGUUCCCUGAGAGAACUUGGCCGGAAAUAGCUCAAAAUACUAGUCUCUGUAGCCUAUGGCGUCUAACUGCUCUCAGAUAGCAAAACAGUAACCAGAUGUUUUAUUGUCACAUACAGGUGCAGUGAAAUGUGUUGUUUUACAGGGUAGCCAUAAUAGUACGGUGUGGAGUAUGUGUUGGACAAGUCAGGACAUGGGAAGAAUGGGAAGCAUGAGGAAACAUUUUCAGCUCUCGUCACACCCAGUUUUGGCUGAUGUAACAGGGCUAUUAUCUUUGCUACCAGACGCUAUUGUCUUAGCUACACACUGUGUGAAUCUAUCUGUGUUGUUUUUCCUGGCCUUAGAGGUCAGUGGUGCAGGCAACUUCCCAGAUCACAGCCAAGACUGAACAGGGCACCACCCAGCUGAGUGUCACCAACCUGCAGCCUGUCCACCUCACUCAGGAGGUAAGAUGCACACACACACACACACUCGCUCUCAAAAAGGCAUAACACACACAUGCACAAGACAUAAACAGAACACCACACAUAACACAGAAAUAAACACACACACAUAACCAUCCUUUGAGCUAAAGAUAGUAUCUAUAAUUCAAUAACCACACACUGUAUUGCAUUGUAUUAUGUAUUCCUUUGAUCCUGCUGAGCCAGAUAAACCUCACAACAUUUCCCUCCUGGUUGGUUGGUUCCAGAGUUCGCAUAGCAAACAGAGUGAGAGGGAUGAGGCAGACGUAGGGAGAGACCGAGAGGUAGAGGAGGAGUGGACAACAGCAGAGCAGAGCAGGACAGACACACAGUACUUUGCAUGGGUGCCGUCAGACAGACACACAGACAUGCAGACAGACGGACACAGCCUCCAGGAGUACACCUCCUACAUCCCCCUCUCCCUUCCCCUGGCCUUCCCUCCCUUCGCCUUGCCCCUGUCGGUGCUCUCGCUGGGCUGGGAGGGGAUGGAGAUGGGAGGCUACCCCGCGGUCACCACAGCCCAAGGACAGCCACUCCUGUUUGACGCAGCCUCUGCCCUCAGAGUAGGUCAAUUAGGUAGAAUUUCUGGCUUAGUCUCCCAUUGAUAUCAGUACACAACUAAGUGCAGUUUUAACCUAAAGAUGCACUAUGCAGAAAUCGCUCCGCCAUUUCCUGGUUGCUAAAAUUCUAAUAGUUCACCUAAUUUCAGUUUAUGUGACAAAACAAGCAAGUAUAGUGUAGAAAAUCAUAGUUUUUUUUACAUUUUAUUUUAUUUAACCUUUAUUUAACUAGGCAAGUCAGUUAAGAACAAAUUCAUAUUUACAAUGAAGGCCUACACCGGCCACACCCUGGACGAUGCUGGGCCUAUGGGACUCCCAAUCAUGGCCGGAUUGUUAUACAGCCUGGAAUUGAACCAGGGUCUGUAAUGACGGAUAUGCAGUGCCUUAGACCGCUGCGCCACUCGGGAGCCCAUCUAAACCACUGUGAAAUAUAUUUUCCAUAACCAAAAAUAUUUUAUUUUCAGCUGAAGCUGGUGUACAAAACCUAGUAAAAGACGCAAAAAACGAAACUUAAGAACAGGUAGCAGAGAAAUGCAUAGAACAGAUCUACCGCUUCUUAGACUUGCUUUCAAUGAGAAUGGCAGAUCCAUAACACACAUUUAUAUGUGAAUGUAAUCAAGUCACCCCAAAAAUUACAUAUUGCAGCUUUAAAUGGAAGUUUGGAUUUGCCUCUAUGUAGGGAUCCUAGGGAGGCUAUCAGUGGGUAACAGAGUGUAGUGGGAUUAAAGCAGAGACAACACAGUAGGUAGGAAAGAGCGAUGUGAAGGGGAAGAGGAGCAGCUUGCAAGUCAAGGUCAUUUUCCUAUUGAAGUGAAUGAGCCUGUGAUUGAUGUGGUAUCCCUCAUGAUUGACUACGGUUUAAAUAUUUGGACACACUUCAAAGGAAAUUGGAGGAGGUGGAGUAGAUUAGUGUUUUGACCGACUCUGUGUGUAUACUCAUGCCUGCGUGUGUGUGUGUGUGUGUCCCAGGUGCAGCAGCAGCUCCAGCAGGUGCCAGUGCAGCAUGUGUACACCAACCAGGUGCAGUAUGUUGAAGGGGGAGACAACAACUACACCACCAGCACCAUGUAAGCUUUCCUCUCCACUACUCUCUCUGAACACUACCUGUCUAUAUUGAUAUAAUGCUAUGCUAAUAUGCUUAUAUAGUUUGUUAACUGUUGCUAACUAGCUAGCUUGAUCACCUCAACUUCUAAAACUAGACAGUGGAGUUGGCCAGACAGCACAGACAGAUCUGGGACUGCUAUUUUUGUGAUGCAGUGGUUUAGCUUUCAAGACAACAGUUAAACUACCGAAUUUGAAACUAACUCCCCCUCUCUCCUCCCCUGCUCCCUUCCUCCCUCCCCCCCCCCUCACCCUCCCUCUUUCCAGUCGUUCAGGCAGCUUCACCUACACAGACACCCCUCUGUACACCCAGACCACCGCUGCCCCUUACUACGAAGCCCCUCCCACCUCUGGCUCACAGGUCACCACCACCGGCACACCCCUGACCGUCUCCGUGACAACGGGCUCUGCCGGUGGUGUGUCUAUGUACGUGGCUGGCACAGGCCAGAUCGUGGCCAAUCCGGCAGCUGCCGCUGGGGGCGGGGCGACAGUGGUGGCGACAGGGGGAACAGCCAAUGGGGCUGGGGAAGGGGCGGGGGCUAAUGGCAGCGGGGGCAGCUAUGUGAUCCAGGGGGGGUACAUGCUGGGCGGCAACAGUCAGGGGGGCUACUCCUCCCACAACGCCCGCUCCUCUCCUGCCACCGUUAGUAUAACAGAGGGCGAGGAGGGUAGCGGCGUACCGUCAGCAGACAAAAAGGUAUGCAGAGAUGCCAAUCUCAACACUAUUCUCUUACACACACACCUAUCAGUGUUCUGCUAGUCUCAGUACUAGACUGUUGGAGGGACAUGGCUGUUCUGCUAGUCUCAGUACUAGACUGUUGGAGGGACAUGGCUGUUCUGCUAGUCUCAGUACUAGACUGUUGGAGGGACAUGGCUGUUCUGCUAGUCUCAGUACUAGACUGUUGGAGGGACAUGGCUGUUCUGCUAGUCUCAGUACUAGACUGUUGGAGGGACAUGGCUUCAUCAUGUUUUCAUGUUAUAGCAGUGCAUCUUAUGGAAGAGCAACUUUGAUUGAAAUAAGUCAACUCUGUAUUCUUAUUCAAAUUCCUCCUAUUGUAAACUGUCUGUUUGGCAAGCAUCCCAUCACUAUUUAUAUUUGUAAAUAUGAGUAGUGUGUGUUUGUUGACUAACCCAUCCAUCUCUCCUCUCUCUCUGUGUCUCCCUCUCUGCCAGGUGCAGUGGCUGCUAGAUAACUAUGAGACAGCUGAAGGGGUCAGUCUGCCUCGCUCCACCCUCUACUGCCACUACCUGCUGCACUGCCAGGAGCAGAAGCUGGAGCCCGUCAACGCUGCCUCCUUUGGGAAGCUGAUCAGAUCUGUGUUCAUGGGGCUACGCACGCGCCGCCUGGGCACCCGGUGAGAGGGGUUAUGUCAUACAGACACCCAGAAGCACACACAAACAAAUACACACAGAUGAACACAUCCAUGCAAACGCACACAGGCACAGUGAUGCCCCAAAAGCAUAGGCUGAAUCAGAGGCUGAGUUGUGUGUGUGUUCCAGGGGGAACUCCAAGUACCACUAUUACGGCCUGAGGAUCAAGGCCUGCUCCUCUCUGAUCAGACUGAUGGAGGACCAGCAGCAUCUGGCCAUGAGACAGCAGCCCUUCUCUCAGAAACAGAGGUGGGCUAUCAACCUCUCUGUCUCACUUGCUCUCUCUGUGUGUGUCUCUCUCUCUCUCUCUUCUUUCACUCUCACAGUGCCUCUCAAUCGCUGUCCCCCUCUAGCACUCUUAACAGUUGCUCUCUUUCCUACCCACUCUCUCUCUCUCUCUUUCCUCCCCUCUCACUCUCUCUGUCUCCCUUUCUCUCAUUUCAUUUCUGUAUUUCUGGCCUUAUUCCUAUAACUUAUUGUGUCAUUUUGUUUUAUCUCUCUCAUUGAAGCCUCUCUGCUGUAUAAAGGAACUUCAUUGUUUUUAUAAUUAACUCCGCCUCCCUAGGUUGAAGCCGGUGCAGAAGGUGGAGGGGAUGACCAAUGGCAUGGCGGCAGGCUCGGGCCAACAGCAGCAACAGCAGCAGGGGGCGGGGCUCUCUGACAUCAGCGCCCAAGUGCAGCAGUACCAGCAGUUCCUGGGUGAGGGGGUGGGGGGUGUCAGGUCUGUCAACACUAGGGUUAUUUGGGGUAACACCUUAUUGUACCGUCCUGGUGUUUACAUCAUGUGAUAACAAUAAGAACUGGAGUUAAUGAGUAACUACUUCACUUAGUGCUUGUUUAAAUGAUCCCCAAAGAAACAGAAGAGGGAUUACAAUGUACAUACUAUAUAAUAACAUUUUACCAUAUUUUAUCAAGUACAGUAGAGAGAUACAAAAAUACGAAUCUCAGAGUUACAGACUGACUGGUUAACGGAAUGGACAAUAUUGAACCUGGACAUUUAUUAAAAACUAACAAAUUAACUUCAGUAGGUUACAGACUGUGCUAAAAACAGGUCAGACAUUUACAGUAUCUGGCUUGUGUAAAUACACAAUUCAUAUUGUCUUCCGUCCCCAUUCAGACGCGUCCCGGACCCUCCCAGAGUUCCCUGACCUUGACCUGCAGGGGAAGGCCCUACCGGAGGGCAUAGAACUGGAGCACAUCAAGAGCUUCCAGCUGCUGUAUCGGGAACACUGUGAGGUGCCUGUCUGUAUGUCACACUGAUUGUUUAUAUGUACAGUAUGUUACUGUGUGUCUGUCUGUCGGCAAAGAGGCCUACCUCUGUCUGUAUGUCUGUCUACACAGAGGCCUACCCUUGUCUCCAUGUCUGUCUACAUAGAGGCCUACCCCUGUCUGUAUGUCUGUCUGCACGGAGGUCUACCCCUGUCUGUCUGUACAGAGGCCUACCCCUGUCUGUCUGUACAGAGGCCUACCCCUGUCUGUCUGUACAGAGGCCUACCCUGUCUGUCUGUACAGAGGCCUACCCUGUCUGUCUGUACAGAGGCCUACCCCUGUCUGUCUGUACAGAGGCCUAUCCCUGUCUGUCUUCUGUACAGAGGCCUACCCCUGUCUGUCUGUACAGAGGUCUACCCCUGUCUGUCUGUACAGAGGCCUACCCCUGUCUGUCUGUACAGAGGUCUACCCCUGUCUGUCUGUACAGAGGCCUAUCCUUGUCUGUAUGUCUGUCUGCACGAGGUCCUACCCCUGUCUGUCUGUACAGAGGCCUACCCCUGUCUGUCUGUACAGAGGCCUACCCUGUCUGUUGUACAGAGGUCUACCCUGUCUGUCUGUACAGAGGUCUACCCCUGUCUGUACAGAGGUCUACUCCGUCUGUCUGUACAGAGGCCUACCCGUGUCUGUCUGUACAGAGGCCUACCCGUGUCUGUCUGUACAGAGGCCUACCCGUGUCUGUCUGUACAGAGGUCUACCCGUGUCUGUCUGUACAGAGGUCUACCCUGUCUGUCUGUACAGAGGUCUACCCCUGUCUGUCUGUACAGAGGUCUACCCUGUCUGUCUGUACAGAGGUCUACCCCUGUCUGUCUGUACAGAGGUCUACCCCUGUCUGUCUGUACAGAGGCCUACCCCUGUCUGUCUGUACAGAGGCCUACCCCUGUCUGUCUGUACAGAGGUCUACCCCUGUCUGUCUGUACAGAGGCCUACCCCUGGUGUAUGUCUCAUUGUUCAUUCAUCAGUUCUUGUAUAGUCCUGUUAUGUACAUGUAAUCUGUACGUCUCACUGUUGUUUCUGUCUGGCCAGCUGUACUAUGCAUCCUUUGCAUAAAGGGAGGAGCUAAGCUAGUUGAUACUGAUGCUGCUGGUGUUCCCUCUUUGUUUACAGGCUAUUCUGGACGUGACGAUCAACCUGCAGUUCACCCUGGUGGAGACCCUGUGGAAGACCUUCUGGAGGUUCGAAGAGAGCCAGAGUGGAGACACUGGCACACUGGCUGUGUAAGUCUUGUCCUGGGACUUCAAUAUGCUACUAAAGCAAUUGUCAUUUUUUGAUAUCAAGUAAUUUUUUAGAGACGCCUGUGUCAUUUUCUAAUGUAUCUGUAUUGUUGUAACAGACAUGAUGAGUCUGAGAAGCGCCUGCCCAAGGAUUGUCUAGUGAUCUUGUGUAAGUACGACCCUGUGCUCCGCUGGAGCCGCGACUGUGACAACACCCUGUACCAGGGCCUGGUGGAGAUCCUCAUCCCCGAUGUGCUGCGGCCCAUCCCCAGUGAGUUAUAGCGCACUACAUAACACUACAUAAUACUGAUAAAACUACAUAGCAGUAUAGAGUGCCUUCAGAAAGUAUUCACACCUCUUUACUUUUUCCACAUUUUGUUGUGUUACAGCCUGAAUUUGAAAUUGAUUAAAUUUGAGAUUUUUUGUCACUGGCUUAGACACAAUACCCCAUAAUGUCAAAGUGGAAUUAUGUAUUUAGAAAUUUUUACAAAUUCAUUCAAAAUGAAAAGCUGGAAUGUCUUCAGUCAAUAAGUAUUCAACCCCUUUGUUAUGGCAAGCCUAAAUAAGUUCAGGAGUAAAAAUGUACUUAACAACUCACAUAAUAAGUUGCUAACACUCACUCUGUGUUCAAUAAUAGUGUUUAACAUGAUUUUUGAAUGAUUACCUCUCUGUACCCCACACAUACAAUUAUCUGUAAGGUCCCUCAGUCGAGGAGUGAAUUUCAAACACAGAUUCAACCAUAAAGACCAAGGAGGUUUUCCAAUGCCUCGCAAAAAAAGGGCACCUAUUGGUAGAUGGGUAAAAAAAAAAUACAGACAUUGAAUAUCCCUUUGAGUUAUUAAUUACACUUUGAAUGGUGUAUCAAUACACCCAGUUACUACAAAGUUACAGGCGUCCUUUCCUAACUCAGUUGCUGGAGAGGAAAGAAGCCGCUCGGGAUUUCACCAUGAGGCCAAUGGUGACUUUAAAACAGUUACAGAGUUGAAUGGCUGUGAUAGGAGAAAACAGAGGAUGGAUCAACAACAUUGUAGUUACUCCACUAACCUAAUUGACAGAGUGAAAAGAAGGAAGCCUGUACAGAAUACAAAUAUUCCAAAACAUGCAUCCUGUUUGCAACAAGGCACUAACGUAAUACUGCAUUAAAAAUGUGGCAAAGCAAUUCAAUUUCUUGUCCUGAAUACAAAGUGUUAUGUUUGGGGCAAAUCCAACACAAAACAUUACUGAGUACCACUCUCCAUAUUUUCAAGCAUAGUGGUGGCUGCAUCAUGUUAUGGGUAUGCUUGUAAUCGUUAAGGACUGGGGAGUUUUUCAGUAUAACAAAAGAAACAGAAUGGAGCUAAGCACAGGCAAAAUCCUAGAGAGAAACCUGGUACAUUCUGCUUUCCACCAGACACUGGGAGUUGAAUUCACCUUUCAGCAGGACAAUAACCUAAAACACAAGGCCAAAUCUACACUGAAGUUGCUUACCAAGAAGACAGUGAAUGUUCCUGAGUGGCCGAGUUACAGUUUGACUUACUGUAAAUCUGUUUGAAAAUCUAUGGCAAGACCUGAAAAUGGUUGUCUAGCAAUGAUCAACAACCAAUUUGACAGAGCUUGAAGAAUUUUGAAAAUAAUAAUGGGCAAAGGUUGCACAAUCGAUGUGUGGAAAGUUCUUAGAGACUUACCUAGAAAGACUGACAGCUGUAAUCGCUGCCAAAGGUGAUUCUAACAUGUAUUGACUCAGGGGGUUGAAUACUUGUUUUAUUUUUUAUUAUUUGUUUUUUUACAAAUGUUAGAACUUUUCUUCCACUUUGACAUUGCAUAGCAUUUUGUGUAGAUCGUUGACAAAAACGGACAAUUAAAUCCAUUUGAAUCCCACUUUUUACACAACAAAAUGUGGGAAAAGGUGUGUGAAUACUUUCUGAAAGCACUGUAUAACCCUACAUAGCACAACAUUACACUAUAUUAAAGUACACAUGACAUAGCAUUAUGCUGCACUACAUUAUACUAUCUGACACGACAUAGCACUAUAUUACACUAAUUUAUCUACAUGACAUGACAUAGGCCUGGUGGAGCUCCUACAUAACACAAUAAAACACAGUGUCAGAGAUCCUCAACUCUCAAAGCAGUUUGGAGUUCAAGGACAUACUGCUCACCACCACAUAGGAGAGCACAUUCAGUUCAGACCGGUUUCAACCCCUCUCUCUCUCCUGUCCACAGGUGCCUUAACUCAAGCCAUCCGCAACUUUGCCAAGAGUCUGGAGAGCUGGUUGACCAACGCUAUGAUGAACAUCCCAGAAGAGAUGGUCCGCAUCAAGGUGUGUGUCUGCUUGCAUGUGUGUUGGGCAGCAUGUGUUGGUUUCUGCGGUGUGUCCUUGGUGAGGUCACGCUCUCUUUUCUCACUUCCUCCUCUUGUCCUCCAGGUGACGUCGGCCAGUUCGUUUGCCCAGACGCUGCGCAGGUACACCUCUCUGAACCACCUGGCCCAGGCAGCCAGGGCCGUGCUACAGAACACAGCUCAGAUAAACCAGAUGCUCAGUGACCUCAACCGUGUCGACUUCGCCAACGUUCAGGUCCGUCUGACCUCUCACCUCUGGUUACAGUGUAAAGUGACAGUCAGACACUAUCCAGACCAUAGACAUGUCAUUAUAUUCAUAUGAUGCAGACCAGCACUGAUGGUGAUCACUGUAGUGUUUGUUUGGUAGAUGUAGUAUAGUGUCCUAAAGCUCUGUGUGUGCUGUUGUUGUUGUUGUCGUGCUGACAUAACCCAGGUGGCCUAUGUUACCUUGUCAUUCAACUAUUAUAUUUUACAAUUGUGAAGUGACAAUAAUAUAAGAGACAGGAUACUGACGACUCUCUCUCUUUCUUUCUCUCCUCUUCCUCCCCUCUUUCUCUCUCUCCCCCUCCUCUCUCUCCCCCUCCUCUCUCUCUUUUCCUCUUCCACUCCUCCCUCUCUCCCUCUCCCCCUCCUCCCCUUUCUCUCGCUCUCUCCCUCUCCUUCCCUCUCUCUCCAUACAGGAGCAGGCGUCGUGGGUGUGUCGCUGUGAGGACCGUGUGGUGCAGCAGUUGGAGCAGGACUUCAAGCUGACCCUGCAGCAGCAGAACUCUCUGGAGCAGUGGGCUGCCUGGCUGGACGGGGUGGUCUCCCAGGUCCUAAAGCCCUACCAUGCCAGCGCCGCCUUCCCCAAGGCCGCCAAGCUCUUCUUGCUCAAGUGGUCCUUCUACAGGUGAGAAUGGUAUUAGUCUCAUCUAGUCCCAUGACUGCUAAAUACGGUUGAACAUUUCUGGUAAUUUCACACAUUUUCCCAGGUUUUCCAGAAAUCACGAUUGGAGUAUUACCAACUAGAAUCAAAAUGUGAAUAAGCAGGGAGGGAAUCCUCCAACUGGGAUGUCUGGAAAACUGGGAAAUUUGGGAAAGGUCCUGGAAUUUUACAACCCUACUGCUCAGAGAUGUUUUUUUCCUUGUUAGUCAGGAAAUCCAGAUUUGUUUUAUCCAUGCCAAACUCCUCCUCCUCCUCUCCAUCCAGUUCCAUGGUGAUUAGAGACUUGACUCUGCGUAGUGCUGCCAGCUUCGGAUCCUUCCACCUGAUCAGACUGCUAUAUGAUGAGUACAUGUACUACCUGAUAGAACACAGAGUGGCCCAGGCUAAAGGAGAGACACCCAUCGCUGUCAUGGGAGAGGUACACACACAUAUAUACACAUGCGCACACACACACACAUACACACGCGCACACACACACACAGUGGUCCAAGCCAAAAAAGCUAAUGUGCUGUUGAUAUUAGUUACCAUUGUUCAAUUGUUACCAUUAGACACUAACUCAUUUCCUGUGUCUCUCAGUUCGCCAGUCUUGGCAGGAGUUUGAACCCACUGGAUCCAGACAAAGGUAACUACCGUCCACGUUGUUUGAUACAAAGCACAUGCAGCCAGACAUAAAGCUACUUAUUGAGGAUUGCCCAAUCCCAAAUCAAUCCCUACCCCUUACGCAUUUGUGGAGAUCUGAGAGCAUAGGGGGUAGGGGUUAGGGACUGAUUUGGGAUUGGGCAAUCUAUUCCCAUAACCAUGGUUUCUGAUAUUAACCCUCCUCCCACUUGUGUCUGUCUUCCAGAAGAGGAAGAGGAGGAGGAAGAGGAGAGCGAUGACGAGUGUCAGGAGCUGUCUCUGCCCUCUGACGGGGCGGGGCUGGGGGAGGAGUCUCUGGAGCCGCCUACCAAGCUGGCUAGAACCGACCAGAGAGUACUCUUCACCACGGGCCAGGACUGAUCACACACACACUGAUACACACAUGCACAAACACACAUCCAUUCACAGACGUACACACAUGAACACAUUGAUUGAUACACAUUUGUAUACACACAUACACCAAGAUACACUAAUAUGUACACUAGAGGUUGACACAGGAGUGAAAAUUCAUUCCUGUUCCUGUGGAUUGUCGAUCCUGUCCUGUCCCGAACAUGACUCUAGAACUUGACUCCCAUUCCUGACAGACCUGUUCCCGUGUCAACCUCUAAUGUACAGUUUCUACACACAUUUGAGUGUAGAUAAUGUACACACACACACACACACAGUCCCAAUAAGGUCUGUAUGGCACAAAUCUGCUGUAAGCACAGAUACCACACAUGCAUGGAUGGGCACACAAUCAUCGGUCCAGCGUUGCUGGACAAAGGCCACAGGGUGAACUUACACACACACAUACCCGACCCAAGGACUGAAGAGAAAGUGUUUGUUGUCACUUGGAUGGAUCUGUGUAUUGAACAAGGACCUCCCAUGUUUCUCUGUAUUGGUGUCACUGAAUGACAACAGGGCAGCGCAAUGUACAUGCCAACCUGGGCUACCCUUCCAACAACUGUCUGCUGUACCAAGGUGGUCCUGAAGAUAUGACUGUUAACAGUUCAUCCUCCCUUACCCAACCCUUCUGUAUAGGGAGGAACGGAGGGAGGAAUAGGAUGAAAGAGGAAAUGGCUGCUUACGAUUCUGCAGUUCUAGGUGGUCCAUUUAGCUGUCAAUCAAAGCCCAAGAGCCAAUCAGGAGAUGGGGCCUGUGGGUGA